AGGACAAGGAGGCCUAAGUUAAUGUAGAAGAAAAGAAAGAAGCAGCACUUUCUUUUAUCUAUUUAUUGACUCAAUAUCAGUCCAUUGCUUCUCCAAUCCAUCACUAGCCAAAAACAUAACAAUGGCUUCUGAGAAAGUUGAGACUGUUAUAGCAGGAAACUAUGUAGAAAUGGAGAGAGAAGAAGGCAAUUCAAGUUCUACUAAGGGCAAAUUAUCAAAUUUCUUUUGGCAUGGUGGUUCAGUCUAUGAUGCAUGGUUUAGCUGUUCUUCUAACCAGGUUGCACAAGUGCUACUGACAUUGCCAUACUCAUUUUCACAACUCGGAAUGUUAUCUGGGAUUCUUUUACAACUUUUCUAUGGUUUGAUGGGAAGUUGGACUGCUUACCUUAUAAGUGUUCUAUAUGUUGAGUAUAGGACUAGAAAAGAAAGAGAAAAAGUUGAUUUCAGGAAUCAUGUAAUUCAGUGGUUUGAAGUUCUUGAUGGGCUGCUGGGAAAACACUGGAGAAAUGCAGGCCUCUUUUUCAACUGCACUUUUCUUCUAUUUGGAUCUGUUAUUCAGCUGAUUGCUUGUGCAAGCAACAUCUACUACAUAAAUGACAAUCUGGACAAGAGAACAUGGACCUACAUCUUUGGAGCAUGUUGUGCAACUACUGUCUUCAUUCCUUCGUUCCAUAAUUACAGGAUUUGGUCGUUCUUAGGUCUUAUGAUGACUACUUAUACUGCAUGGUAUCUGACAAUUGCUUCCUUUCUUCAUGGACAGGUUGAAGGAGUAAAACAUUCUGGUCCAGCCAAAAUGGUUCUCUACUUCACAGGGGCUACUAACAUUCUUUACACCUUUGGUGGGCAUGCUGUCACAGUGGAAAUCAUGCAUGCAAUGUGGAAGCCACAAAAGUUCAAGCUAAUAUAUCUGAUGGCAACACUAUAUGUGUUAACUCUAACACUCCCAUCAGCUUCUGCUGUUUAUUGGGCAUUUGGUGACUUGCUUCUUACUCAUUCAAAUGCUCUAUCUUUGCUUCCAAAAACUGGAUUUAGAGAUACUGCUGUGGUACUUAUGCUCAUUCAUCAGUUUAUAACAUUUGGAUUUGCAUGCACCCCUUUAUACUUUGUGUGGGAAAAAUUCAUUAGAGUUCAUGACACAAAGAGUUUGUUCAAAAGGGCAUUGGCUAGACUUCCUGUGGUGAUACCAAUAUGGUUUCUUGCUAUUAUCUUCCCUUUCUUUGGACCCAUCAAUUCAACUGUCGGAUCUCUUCUUGUCAGCUUUACUGUCUACAUAAUUCCUUCAUUAGCACACAUGAUUACUUUCUCUUCUGCGUCUGCUCGAGAGAAUGCAGUAGAGAGACCACCAUCAUUUUUAGGAGGUUGGGUUGGAAUGUUCUGCAUGAACCUCUUUGUAGUCGUAUGGGUUUUUGUUGUGGGAUUUGGGUUUGGAGGAUGGGCAAGCUUGCUCAAUUUCAUACAUCAAAUUAAUUCAUUUGGUCUAUUCACCAAGUGCUAUCAAUGCCCACCCCACAAGGCUUGAUUAGACUAUUCUCUACCUUUCAGAAACACAAGUUUUAUUAACAAUUUAAAGGAAGUGUGUAAAGAGAUUGGCAUUUGUAACUUUUUCUUUCUUUCUUUCUUUCUUUUUUCCCUUGUAAGAGCUAUUGUUGAGGGUUGUCAAAAAGGUGCGAUGGCAAUCAUGGCCACCCCCCCAUUAUACAGGCCUAUAGUUGUAACUUGUGUGUUGAUGAUUAAUCUUUUCAAGAAUCCAA